AUGGCUACAGCUCGGAUCCUGGCCCGUCUCCCGGCUGUGGUCUCAUCGCCGCAUGCCCGUCGGGUGGUGGCGAGGGCAUUGGGACCACGGCUGGCGGCAUCACGGGCGCGGGCAGGGGCUCAGGCACGGGCAAAGGCAGCACAAACGAGCUCUAGGUCCGGAAGCGGGAGCAGCUCUUACUCGACAAGCUCGAGCUAUGAGUCGGCGUCGGUGUCGUUGUCGGCGAGCUCGGCCGCAACCGGCAGCACCUUUGGCGCCAUGCUCAACGAGACUGUUGUCGAGUGGGCCAACACGGAUGUGACGGUGGUGGAGAAGGCUUUCACCAAAGAUGGUGAUAACGUUGCUCUGCUGGGAGGAGACAGUCCGCCGACAGCGAGCCCGCGCCGCCGGAUUCCUAACAGCGCCAUGCCAGCACCGCAUGCCGUAUUUGUGGCGCCGUGCAAGUCACAGGAGCGAUUUGCUGCCUCGAUUGUCGGCGCGAGGCAGCAACGAGCCAAGGGGUUGGCACUGUCGAGCAUGCGUGAGCCUGAGCCGCCUGCAGAGGCGCGGCGCAGGUUGGUGGGCGCCGGAGGACUGGCCUCACCGCGGUACCGGUCGCUGACGCUCCGGCGCGAGCCGGUGCGGCUGCGGCCGGUGGAGGACGAGACACGACAUGAUGCGGCAGUUGUUGGACGGAUUUGCAACGAUGUCCAGGUGGCGCAGGCGGCGCAGGCGUUGGAAGAUGCGGCGCACUCGAUUCUGGUCGAGCGGCAGAAGAAGAUCUUGGUCCGCGCUGAGCGGCGCAAGCAGUUCUGGUCGAUUCUCGCCAACCGCAAUCGUGCAGCGUCGGAUCGAACCACGGCCGAGGUGGAGCUGCUGUAUGACAUGCUUCGCGGUGUUCGCGGGCUGAUGUCGUUCAACAAGGCUGUGCUCCGGAAGCUCUGCCGGGUCUGCACCCUUGUCCGGUUUGAGGACUGGUCGGUUGUGUUCAAACAAGGCGAUGUGCCCGAGUCAUGGUACGUCGUUCUCACCGGAGCUGUUGAUGUCGUGGUGGCACAGAAGAAGAACUUUGGCUCUGCCGCUGAGCUAGGGAGUCGUGGCAGCAACGGCAGCAAGACCGAGUCGGACUCGGACUCUGGCUCGGGCUCGGGCUCGGGCAGAGACCUCGAAGCGCUGCAGAUUACUGGCUCGGACGUGCUGGGAAAGACGGCGUACGAGCUUGCCCUUCACCGGGCAAAGCGCAGGUUCAAGAUAUCGCUCUUUGACAUUGCGCUCUUUGUCAUUUUCAAGAAGCGGCUGAUGGUGGCGGCGGCGGCCAAGGCUGAGUAUGCGCAGCGAAUGGCGAAGGACCCGCGGAUGGCCCACCAGGUCGGCUCGCUGUCGAUGGGCAAACGGACGGGAGUCCGGUUUGACGUCCGCACCGGAACCUGGAUCAAGAGCCGGCUUUGGACGCUGCUCUGCGAUGCGACCCGUAACGGCUUUGGUCGCGUCCUCCGCAUCAUCAACCGGCUCGAGCGGGUCAAAGCGUACGAGAGUCACAAACUUCGCUCGCGACGCAACCGCAAACUCUUCUUCCGUCGCUUCAAGAUGGGCGCCAACUUUACCCGUGGAGGCGCGGUAGCGCCAUCCAAACUCAAGGCCGCGAGCGGGAAGAGCAGUGAGAAAAUACGUGGCAAGGGCAAGGGCAAGCGCUCGGCAAGCUCGGCAUCAGCCAGUGAGCUGGUCAGUUCUGCGGCCGCGUCCGUCGGUUCUGGCGGCUCUGUCGACGGUGGAGACUCCCAGCCAGCCACAGAGGUUCAUGAGCUCGGGCGCACGCGCCCUCCUGCGCGGAUCACGCUCCUGAAAGCGGCAACAACGCGCGGCCGUGCGCCGACGCUUCAGAGUCAGCGAUCGGUGCGAGCGUUGCUGUCGGAAAAGCAGGCGCGAAAUCUAGAGGCGCGGCAGUCGCUGACGAUGGUGACCAAGAUGCGGUUGCUGCAGCGAAAAGAGUCGACGCGGCGCAAGCUGCUGACGCGUGAGGCACGGAUCAACGCGCAGUCGAUGACAAACUUGGCGGUGUCGACCUCGAGCGCAGGCUUGAGCACCGGUGCGUCAAUGGCGUCGAUUAGCUCGGGAGGCGCGCCGGUGGUGCGUCGGCCAUCGAUGGUGACAAUGGUGUGGAGCACGCGGCAGGGCCGGAGGGCGUCUGUAGCGCCGCCGCCGGGAGGUGUGCGCUCACGUCUGGAGGAGCGGCAGAAGAUGCAGCGGGAGCAGCUGCGGAAGCAGCAGGACAUCGAGCAGGCACAGUCGCGGUUUGCACGGAUCAAGCACCGCGAGUCGGAGGCUUCGAUUCGGGCUGACUCAAUUUCGAGCUCGCGCGGGCUGCUGGCGUCAAGCUCGAUGCUUAUGCCGUCUGGACCGUCGGUGGAGGGGCUUGCAGCGUCGGCCGGAGCACGCUCGAUCUCGGUCUCGCGAUCGGACCUGCUCAAGCACGGUGAGGCUGUGCUGGCGCAGCCGUCGCUCGAUGACAUCCGGAGAAUACGUGGCGGUGGCGGUGGCAGUGGGUGCUCGAGCGCGUCGGAUGCGAGCUCACUGCCGUCAGAGCCAUCGUAUCCGUCAGACUCUUCGGACUCGUUUGAUGACAAUACGUCGUCAUCACGGUUGGGCUACGAUGAAGGCCGGCGUCGGCGGCAGCGGCAGCGGCGGCGGCGGCGGACAACACACGAGUCAAGCGGGCAAGGCGAUACGACGAGUGCCGGUGUGACGCCACGUACACCACGUACACCACGGACACCGCGCGGAGGCACUCGCCGUGGUCCGCGCGCGCGAAAGAUGAGCGUUAUGGUCGAGACCGAGGCUGUGACUGGAUGGGGCGAAACGCUGGUGCUUGCCGAGGGUGCCGACGGCGCUGUGCCGCGGGCGGACCUAGGCACAGCGCCCGCGCCGGGCGUGACUAUGGAGGUGUCACGUGCCGACGACGAAGGGUCGAAUCAGAGCCGCCCGGUCAGCAGCCACGGUGGUUCAAGUGUGGCAGCGAGCACGACCGGUGCCAGUGGCGGCAGCGGGACGAGCGACGACGGCGGGAUCCACAUCAAGAACCUCGGCGAGCUGGGCGCGCUUGAGAUGGACGAGGGUAGUGGGGAUGGCGGCGAGUCGAACGACUCGUCGCAAGAGUCGUCGAUCGACAUUCCGGACGAGGUCCGUGACUUGUACAUGGGUGGCGAGCUGCUUGCAACGCUUGAGUCUGGAGUUGGGUUUGGUGAGCUUGGCCUCGUGCGCAAGCAGCCGCGAUCUGCGUCGAUUGUGGCGACGCCUGGCACGUGCCUGCUCCAGGUGCGCGCCUCAGACUACAACCGGAUCAUGAAGUUCCAGAUCAAGGGCGACACAGAUGCCAAGCAGUCGUUUAUUCUUGGCUAUGACCUGUUUUCGGACAACUGCUCGCGCGCAGACAUCCAGCGGCUGGCGGACAAGCUGCUGUUCGUGCAGUACAAGCCAGGCGACGUGCUGUACCGAGCACAGGAGCGGUCGCGGCAUGUGUACUUUCUCAAGAAGGGCUCUGUUCAUGUCGACCGCGCGCUUUCGGCCGAAGCCAAGGACCGCAGCGAGCCGGUCAAGCUGGUGCGGCUGCAGGACUUGACGCGCGGAGCGCUGUUUGGGUUCCGGGUCGACAGCCGCGAGAUGACACUUGAGACGGUGACCGCCGGCGAGCACGGGGUCGAAGUCGGCAAGCUUCCGCGGCACGACCUGCUACACUUUGAGCACGCGCUCUUCCACCGCAAGCUUGAGGAGCACCUGUAUGCAACGACGAUUCCGGAAGAAAAGCUCCGCGAGAUGUACAAGGAGCAGGUGCGGGCAAAGCGGUGGAAGGCGUAUCGCGACAAGGUGGUCGGCGGGGUGAUCGAGCAGCUGGAGCGCGACCGCGAGCCGCUGUUUGUACCCGGCGGCAUUGCGCCAUCGGAGCGGAACUCCAAGUACCCACACAUUGCCCAGCGAGCGCGGGAAGAGCUGCUUCCGCCGAUGACGAUGCGGUUGAAGUAAACGGCCGACGGCAGCGGGUGAGGUGAGCUGCUCGUCACCACUUGAGUGAUGACGACGAAGCGUCCGAGGCGACAGAGUCCGAGUCAUCGGACGACGACGACGAGAGCUCCGGAACCGGCGAGCCACGGCGGCGGCGGGCGAG